AUGUUCGUCACGAGAACAACGAGCAGCACGAGAACAACGAGCAGCACGAGAACAACGAGCAGCACGAGAACAACGAGCAGCACGAGAACGACGAGCAGCACGAGAACGACGAGCAGCACGAGAACGACGAGCAGCACGAGAACGACGAGCAGCACGAGAACGACGAGCAGGACGAGAACGACGAGCAGGACGAGAACAACGAGCAGCACGAGAACAACGAGCAGCACGAGAACAACGAGCAGCACGAGAACAACGAGCAGCACGAGAACAACGAGCAGCACUGAGAACAACGAGCAGCACGAGAACAACGAGCAGCACGAGAACAACGAGCAGCACGAGAACAACGAGCAGCACGAGAGCAACGAGCAGCACGAGAGCAACGAGCAGCACGAGAACAACGAGCAGCACGAGAACAACGAGCAGCACGAGAACAACGAGCAGCACGAGAACAACGAGCAGCACGAGAACAACGAGCAGCACGAGAACAACGAGCAGCACGAGAACCACGAGCAGCACGAGAACGACGAGCAGCACGAGAACGACGAGCAGCACGAGAACAACGAGCAGCACGAGAACAACGAGCAGCACGAGAACAACGAGCAGCACGAGAACAACGAGCAGCACGAGAACAACGAGCAGCACGAGAACAACGAGCAGCACGAGAACAACGAGCAGCACGAGAGCAACGAGCAGCACGAGAGCAACGAGCAGCACGAGAGCAACGAGCAGCACGAGAACAACGAGCAGCACGAGAACAACGAGCAGCACGAGAACAACGAGCAGCACGAGAACAACGAGCAGCACGAGAACAACGAGCAGCACGAGAACAACGAGCAGCACGAGAACAACGAGCAGCACGAGAACAACGAGCAGCACGAGAACAACGAGCAGCACGAGAACGACGAGCAGCACGAGAACGACGAGCAGCACGAGAACGACGAGCAGCACGAGAACGACGAGCAGCACGAGAACAACGAGCAGCACGAGAACAACGAGCAGCACGAGAACAACGAGCAGCACGAGAACAACGAGCAGCACGAGAACAACGAGCAGCACGAGAACAACGAGCAGCACGAGAACAACGAGCAGCACGAGAACAACGAGCAGCACGAGAACAACGAGCAGCACGAGAACAACGAGCAGCACGAGAACAACGAGCAGCACGAGAACAACGAGCAGCACGAGAACAACGAGCAGCACGAGAACAACGAGCAGCACGAGAACAACGAGCAGCACGAGAACAACGAGCAGCACGAGAACAACGAGCAGCACGAGAACAACGAGCAGCACGAGAACAACGAGCAGCACGAGAACAACGAGCAGCACGAGAACAACGAGCAGCACGAGAACAACGAGCAGCACGAGAACAACGAGCAGCACGAGAACAACGAGCAGCACGAGAGCAACGAGCAGCACGAGAGCAACGACACGAGAGCAACGACACGAGAACACGAGCAGCACGAGAACAACGAGCAGCACGAGAACAACGAGCAGCACGAGAACAACGAGCAGCACGAGAACAACGAGCAGCACGAGAACAACGAGCAGCACGAGAACAACGAGCAGCACGAGAACAACGAGCAGCACGAGAACGACGAGCAGCACGAGAACGACGAGCAGCACGAGAACGACGAGCAGCACGAGAACGACGAGCAGCACGAGAACGACGAGCAGCACGAGAACAACGAGCAGCACGAGAACAACGAGCAGCACGAGAACAACGAGCAGCACGAGAACAACGAGCAGCACGAGAACAACGAGCAGCACGAGAACAACGAGCAGCACGAGAACAACGAGCAGCACGAGAACAACGAGCAGCACGAGAAUAACGAGCAGCACGAGAACAACGAGCAGCACGAGAACAACGAGCAGCACGAGAACAACGAGCAGCACGAGAACAACGAGCAGCACGAGAACAACGAGCAGCACGAGAACAACGAGCAGCACGAGAACAACGAGCAGCACGAGAACAACGAGCAGCACGAGAACAACGAGCAGCACGAGAACAACGAGCAGCACGAGAACGUCGAGCAGCACGAGAACGUCGAGCAGCACGAGAACAACGAGCAGCACGAGAACGAGGAGCAGCACGAGAACGACGAGCAGCACGAGAACGACGAGCAGGACGAGAACGACGAGCAGGACGAGAACGACGAGCAGGACGAGAACGACGAGCAGCACGAGAACGACGAGCAGCACGAGAACGACGAGCAGCACGAGAACAACGAGCAGCACGAGAACAACGAGCAGCACGAGAACAACGAGCAGCACGAGAACAACGAGCAGCACGAGAACAACGAGCAGCACGAGAACAACGAGCAGCACGAGAACAACGAGCAGCACGAGAACAACGAGCAGCACGAGAACAACGAGCAGCACGAGAACAACGAGCAGCACGAGAACAACGAGCAGCACGAGAACAACGAGCAGCACGAGAACAACGAGCAGCACGAGAACAACGAGCAGCACGAGAACAACGAGCAGCACGACGAGCAGCACGAGAACAACGAGCAGCACGAGAACAACGAGCAGCACGAGAACAACGAGCAGCACGAGAACGUCGAGCAGCACGAGAACGUCGAGCAGCACGAGAACAACGAGCAGCACGAGAACGAGGAGCAGCACGAGAACGACGAGCAGGACGAGAACGACGAGCAGGACGAGAACGACGAGCAGCACGAGAACGACGAGCAGGACGAGAAAGACGAGCAGCACGAGAACGACGAGCAGCACGAGAACGACGAGCAGCACGAGAACAACGAGCAGCACGAGAACAACGAGCAGCACGAGAACAACGAGCAGCACGAGAACAACGAGCAGCACGAGAACAACGAGCAGCACGAGAACAACGAGCAGCACGAGAACAACGAGCAGCACGAGAACGAGCAGCACGAGAACAACGAGCAGCACGAGAACAACGAGCAGCACGAGAACAACGAGCUAGGGAUGAGCAAGCACGAGAACAACGAGCAGCACGAGAACAACGAGCAGCACGAGAACAACGAGCAGCACGAGAACAACGAGCAGCACGAGAACAACGAGCAGCACGAGAACAACGAGCAGCACGAGAACGACGAGCAGCACGAGAACGACGAGCAGCACGAGAACGACGAGCAGCACGAGAACGACGAGCAGCACGAGAACGACGAGCAGGACGAGAACGACGAGCAGGACGAGAACAACGAGCAGCACGAGAACAACGAGCAGCACGAGAACAACGAGCAGCACGAGAACAACGAGCAGCACGAGAACAACGAGCAGCACGAGAACAACGAGCAGCACGAGAACAACGAGCAGCACGAGAACAACGAGCAGCACGAGAACAACGAGCAGCACGAGAGCAACGAGCAGCACGAGAGCAACGAGCAGCACGAGAACAACGAGCAGCACGAGAACAACGAGCAGCACGAGAACAACGAGCAGCACGAGAACAACGAGCAGCACGAGAACAACGAGCAGCACGAGAACAACGAGCAGCACGAGAACCACGAGCAGCACGAGAACGACGAGCAGCACGAGAACGACGAGCAGCACGAGAACAACGAGCAGCACGAGAACAACGAGCAGCACGAGAACAACGAGCAGCACGAGAACAACGAGCAGCACGAGAACAACGAGCAGCACGAGAACAACGAGCAGCACGAGAACAACGAGCAGCACGAGAGCAACGAGCAGCACGAGAGCAACGAGCAGCACGAGAGCAACGAGCAGCACGAGAACAACGAGCAGCACGAGAACAACGAGCAGCACGAGAACAACGAGCAGCACGAGAACAACGAGCAGCACGAGAACAACGAGCAGCACGAGAACAACGAGCAGCACGAGAACAACGAGCAGCACGAGAACAACGAGCAGCACGAGAACGACGAGCAGCACGAGAACGACGAGCAGCACGAGAACGACGAGCAGCACGAGAACGACGAGCAGCACGAGAACAACGAGCAGCACGAGAACAACGAGCAGCACGAGAACAACGAGCAGCACGAGAACAACGAGCAGCACGAGAACAACGAGCAGCACGAGAGCAACGAGAAGCACGAGAGCAACGAGAAGCACGAGAACAACGAGCAGCACGAGAACAACGAGCAGCACGAGAACAACGAGCAGCACGAGAACAACGAGCAGCACGAGAACAACGAGCAGCACGAGAACAACGAGCAGCACGAGAACAACGAGCAGCACGAGAACAACGAGCAGCACGAGAACAACGAGCAGCACGAGAAACGAGCAGCACGCAACGAGCAGCAACGAGAACGACGAGCAGCACGAGAACGACGAGCAGCACGAGAACGACGAGCAGCACGAGAACGACGAGCAGGACGAGAACGACGAGCAGGACGAGAACGACGAGCAGGACGAGAACGACGAGCAGGACGAGAACGACGAGCAGCACGAGAACGACGAGCAGCACGAGAACGACGAGCAGCACGAGAACAACGAGCAGCACGAGAACAACGAGCAGCACGAGAACAACGAGCAGCACGAGAACAACGAGCAGCACGAGAACAACGAGCAGCACGAGAACAACGAGCAGCACGAGAACAACGAGCAGCACGAGAACAACGAGCAGCACGAGAACAACGAGCAGCACGAGAACAACGAGCAGCACGAGAACAACGAGCAGCACCGAGAACAACGAGCAGCACGAGAACAACGAGCAGCACGAGAACAACGAGCAGCACGAGAACAACGAGCAGCACGAGAACAACGAGCAGCACGAGAACAACGAGCAGCACGACGAGCAGCAACGUCGAGCAGCACGAGAACGUCGAGCAGCACGAGAACAACGAGCAGCACGAGAACGAGGAGCAGCACGAGAACGACGAGCAGGACGAGAACGACGAGCAGGACGAGAACGACGAGCAGCACGAGAACGACGAGCAGGACGAGAAAGACGAGCAGCACGAGAACGACGAGCAGCACGAGAACGACGAGCAGCACGAGAACAACGAGCAGCACGAGAACAACGAGCAGCACGAGAACAACGAGCAGCACGAGAACAACGAGCAGCACGAGAACAACGAGCAGCACGAGAACAACGAGCAGCACGAGAACAACGAGCAGCACGAGAACGAGCAGCACGAGAACAACGAGCAGCACGAGAACAACGAGCAGCACGAGAACAACGAGCUAGGGAUGAGCAAGGUGGCGAACACCUCACGAGAGCAACGAGCAGCACGAGAGCAACGAGCAGCACGAGAGCAACGAGCAGCACGAGAACAACGAGCAGCACGAGAACAACGAGCAGCACGAGAACAACGAGCAGCACGAGAACAACGAGCAGCACGAGAACAACGAGCAGCACGAGAACAACGAGCAGCACGAGAACAACGAGCAGCACGAGAACAACGAGCAGCACGAGAGCAACGAGAAGCACGAGAGCAACGAGAAGCACGAGAACAACGAGCAGCACGAGAACAACGAGCAGCACGAGAACAACGAGCAGCACGAGAACAACGAGCAGCACGAGAACAACGAGCAGCACGAGAACAACGAGCAGCACGAGAACAACGAGCAGCACGAGAACAACGAGCAGCACGAGAGCAACGAGCAGCACGAGAGCAACGAGUAGCACGAGAACAACGAGCAGCACGAGAACAACGAGCAGCACGAGAACAACGAGCAGCACGAGAACAACGAGCAGCACGAGAACAACGAGCAGCACGAGAACAACGAGCAGCACGAGAACGACGAGCAGCACGAGAACGACGAGCAGCACGAGAACGACGAGCAGCACGAGAACGACGAGCAGCACGAGAACGACGAGCAGGACGAGAACGACGAGCAGGACGAGAACAACGAGCAGCACGAGAACAACGAGCAGCACGAGAACAACGAGCAGCACGAGAACAACGAGCAGCACGAGAACAACGAGCAGCACGAGAACAACGAGCAGCACGAGAACAACGAGCAGCACGAGAGACAACGAGCAGCACGAGAGCAACGAGCAGCACGAGAGACAACGAGCAGCACGAGAACAACGAGCAGCACGAGAACAACGAGCAGCACGAGAACAACGAGCAGCACGAGAACAACGAGCAGCACGAGAACAACGAGCAGCACGAGAACCACGAGCAGCACGAGAACGACGAGCAGCACGAGAACGACGAGCAGCACGAGAACGACGAGCAGCACGAGAACAACGAGCAGCACGAGAACAACGAGCAGCACGAGAACAACGAGCAGCACGAGAACAACGAGCAGCACGAGAACAACGAGCAGCACGAGAACAACGAGCAGCACGAGAACAACGAGCAGCACGAGAGCAACGAGCAGCACGAGAGCAACGAGCAGCACGAGAGCAACGAGCAGCACGAGAACAACGAGCAGCACGAGAACAACGAGCAGCACGAGAACAACGAGCAGCACGAGAACAACGAGCAGCACGAGAACAACGAGCAGCACGAGAACAACGAGCAGCACGAGAACAACGAGCAGCACGAGAACAACGAGCAGCACGAGAACAACGAGCAGCACGAGAACGACGAGCAGCACGAGAACGACGAGCAGCACGAGAACGACGAGCAGCACGAGAACGACGAGCAGCACGAGAACAACGAGCAGCACGAGAACAACGAGCAGCACGAGAACAACGAGCAGCACGAGAACAACGAGCAGCACGAGAACAACGAGCAGCACGAGAACAACGAGCAGCACGAGAACAACGAGCAGCACGAGAACAACGAGCAGCACGAGAAUAACGAGCAGCACGAGAACAACGAGCAGCACGAGAACAACGAGCAGCACGAGAACAACGAGCAGCACGAGAACAACGAGCAGCACGAAAACAACGAGCAGCACGAGAGCAACGAGCAGCACGAGAGCAACGAGCAGCACGAGAACAACGAGCAGCACGAGAACAACGAGCAGCACGAGAACAACGAGCAGCACGAGAACAACGAGCAGCACGAGAACAACGAGCAGCACGAGAACAACGAGCAGCACGAGAACAACGAGCAGCACGAGAACAACGAGCAGCACGAGAACAACGAGCAGCACGAGAACAACGAGCAGCACGAGAAACAACGAGCAGCACGAGAACGACGAGCAGCACGAGAACGACGAGCAGCACGAGAACGACGAGCAGCACGAGAACGACGAGCAGGACGAGAACGACGAGCAGGACGAGAACGACGAGCAGGACGAGAACGACGAGCAGGCACGAGAACGACGAGCAGCACGAGAACGAACGAGCAGCACGAGAACGACGAGCAGCACGAGAACAACGAGCAGCACGAGAACAACGAGCAGCACGAGAACAACGCAGCAGCACGAGAAACAACGAGCAGCACGAGAACAACGAGCAGCACGGAGAACAACGAGCAGCACGAGAACAACGAGCAGCACGAGAACAACGAGCAGCACGAGAACAACGAGCAGCACGAGAACACGAGCAGCACGAGAACAACGAGCAGCACGAGAACAACGAGCAGCACGAGAACAACGAGCAGCACGAGAAACAACGAGCAGCACGAGAACAACGAGCAGCACGAGAACAACGAGCAGCACGAGAACAACGAGCAGCACGAGAACAACGAGCAGCACGAGAACAACGAGCAGCACGAGAACGUCGAGCAGCACGAGAACGUCGAGCAGCACGAGAACAACGAGCAGCACGAGAACGAGGAGCAGCACGAGAACGACGAGCAGGACGAGAACGACGAGCAGGACGAGAACGACGAGCAGCACGAGAACGACGAGCAGGACGAGAAAGACGAGCAGCACGAGAACGACGAGCAGCACGAGAACGACGAGCAGCACGAGAACAACGAGCAGCACGAGAACAACGAGCAGCACGAGAACAACGAGCAGCACGAGAACAACGAGCAGCACGAGAACAACGAGCAGCACGAGAACAACGAGCAGCACGAGAACGACGAGCAGCACGAGAACGACGAGCAGCACGAGAACGACGAGCAGGACGAGAACAACGAGCAGCACGAGAACAACGAGCAGCACGAGAACAACGAGCAGCACGAGAACAACGAGCAGCACGAGAACAACGAGCAGCACGAGAACAACGAGCAGCACGAGAACAACGAGCAGCACGAGAACAACGAGCAGCACGAGAGCAACGAGCAGCACGAGAGCAACGAGCAGCACGAGAACAACGAGCAGCACGAGAACAACGAGCAGCACGAGAACAACGAGCAGCACGAGAACAACGAGCAGCACGAGAACAACGAGCAGCACGAGAACAACGAGCAGCACGAGAACCACGAGCAGCACGAGAACGACGAGCAGCACGAGAACGACGAGCAGCACGAGAACGACGAGCAGCGCGAGAACAACGAGCAGCACGAGAACAACGAGCAGCACGAGAACAACGAGCAGCACGAGAACAACGAGCAGCACGAGAACAACGAGCAGCACGAGAACAACGAGCAGCACGAGAACAACGAGCAGCACGAGAACAACGAGCAGCACGAGAGCAACGAGCAGCACGAGAACAACGAGCAGCACGAGAACAACGAGCAGCACGAGAACAACGAGCAGCACGAGAACAACGAGCAGCACGAGAACAGCGAGCAGCACGAGAACAACGAGCAGCACGAGAACCACGAGCAGCACGAGAACGACGAGCAGCACGAGAACGACGAGCAGCACGAGAACGACGAGCAGCGCGAGAACAACGAGCAGCACGAGAACAACGAGCAGCACGAGAACAACGAGCAGCACGAGAACAACGAGCAGCACGAGAACAACGAGCAGCACGAGAACAACGAGCAGCACGAGAACAACGAGCAGCACGAGAGCAACGAGCAGCACGAGAGCAACGAGCAGCACGAGAGCAACGAGCAGCACGAGAGCAACGAGCAGCACGAGAACAACGAGCAGCACGAGAACAACGAGCAGCACGAGAACAACGAGCAGCACGAGAACAACGAGCAGCACGAGAACAACGAGCAGCACGAGAACAACGAGCAGCACGAGAACAACGAGCAGCACGAGAACAACGAGCAGCACGAGAACGACGAGCAGCACGAGAACGACGAGCAGCACGAGAACGACGAGCAGCACGAGAACGACGAGCAGGACGAGAACGACGAGCAGGACGAGAACGACGAGCAGGACGAGAACGACGAGCAGGACGAGAACGACGAGCAGCACGAGAACGACGAGCAGCACGAGAACGACGAGCAGCACGAGAACAACGAGCAGCACGAGAACAACGAGCAGCACGAGAACAACGAGCAGCACGAGAACAACGAGCAGCACGAGAACAACGAGCAGCACGAGAACAACGAGCAGCACGAGAACAACGAGCAGCACGAGAACAACGAGCAGCACGAGAACAACGAGCAGCACGAGAACAACGAGCAGCACGAGAACAACGAGCAGCACGAGAACAACGAGCAGCACGAGAACAACGAGCAGCACGAGAACAACGAGCAGCACGAGAACAACGAGCAGCACGAGAACAACGAGCAGCACGAGAACAACGAGCAGCACGAGAACAACGAGCAGCACUUGAGACGUCGAGCAGCACGAGAACGUCGAGCAGCACGAGAACAACGAGCAGCACGAGAACGAGGAGCAGCACGAGAACGACGAGCAGGACGAGAACGACGAGCAGGACGAGAACGACGAGCAGCACUGAGAACGACGAGCAGGACCGAGAACAGUACGAGCAGCACGAGAACGACGAGCAGCACGAGAACGACGAGCAGCACGAGAACAACGAGCAGCACGAGAACAACGAGCAGCACGAGAACAACGAGCAGCACGAGAACAACGAGCAGCACGAGAACAACGAGCAGCACGAGAACAACGAGCAGCACGAGAACGACGAGCAGCACGAGAACGACGAGCAGCACGAGAACGACGAGCAGGACGAGAACAACGAGCAGCACGAGACAACGAGCAGCACGAGAACAACGAGCAGCACGAGAACAACGAGCAGCACGAGAACAACGAGCAGCACGAGAACAACGAGCAGCACGAGAACAACGAGCAGCACGAGAACAACGAGCAGCACGAGAGCAACGAGCAGCACGAGAGCAACGAGCAGCACGAGAACAACGAGCAGCACGAGAACAACGAGCAGCACGAGAACAACGAGCAGCACGAGAACAACGAGCAGCACGAGAACAACGAGCAGCACGAGAACAACGAGCAGCACGAGAACCACGAGCAGCACGAGAACGACGAGCAGCACGAGAACGACGAGCAGCACGAGAACGACGAGCAGCGCGAGAACAACGAGCAGCACGAGAACAACGAGCAGCACGAGAACAACGAGCAGCACGAGAACAACGAGCAGCACGAGAACAACGAGCAGCACGAGAACAACGAGCAGCACGAGAACAACGAGCAGCACGAGAGCAACGAGCAGCACGAGAGCAACGAGCAGCACGAGAGCAACGAGCAGCACGAGAGCAACGACGAGACAACGAGCAGCACGAGAACAACGAGCAGCACGAGAACAACGAGCAGCACGAGAACAACGAGCAGCACGAGAACAACGAGCAGCACGAGAACAACGAGCAGCACGAGAACAACGAGCAGCACGAGAACAACGAGCAGCACGAGAACAACGAGCAGCACGAGAACAACGAGCAGCACGAGAACGACGAGCAGCACGAGAACAACGAGCAGCACGAGAACGACGAGCAGCACGAGAACAACGAGCAGCACGAGAACAACGAGCAGCACGAGAACAACGAGCAGCACGAGAACAACGAGCAGCACGAGAACAACGAGCAGCACGAGAACAACGAGCAGCACGAGAACAACGAGCAGCACGAGAACGUCGAGCAGCACGAGAACGUCGAGCAGCACGAGAACAACGAGCAGCACGAGAACGACGAGCAGGACGAGAACGACGAGCAGGACGAGAACGACGAGCAGCACGAGAACGACGAGCAGGACGAGAAAGACGAGCAGGACGAGAACGACGAGCAGCACGAGAACGACGAGCAGCACGAGAACAACGAGCAGCACGAGAACAACGAGCAGCACGAGAACAACGAGCAGCACGAGAACAACGAGCAGCACGAGAACAACGAGCAGCACGAGAACAACGAGCAGCACGAGAACAACGAGCAGCACGAGAACAACGAGCAGCACGAGAACAACGAGCAGCACGAGAACAACGAGCAGCACGAGAACAACGAGCAGCACGAGAACAACGAGCAGCACGAGAACGUCGAGCAGCACGAGAACGUCGAGCAGCACGAGAACAACGAGCAGCACGAGAACGAGGAGCAGCACGAGAACGACGAGCAGGACGAGAACGACGAGCAGGACGAGAACGACGAGCAGCACGAGAACGACGAGCAGGACGAGAAAGACGAGCAGCACGAGAACGACGAGCAGCACGAGAACGACGAGCAGCACGAGAACAACGAGCAGCACGAGAACAACGAGCAGCACGAGAACAACGAGCAGCACGAGAACAACGAGCAGCACGAGAACAACGAGCAGCACGAGAACAACGAGCAGCACGAGAACAACGAGCAGCACGAGAACGAGCAGCACGAGAACAACGAGCAGCACGAGAACAACGAGCAGCACGAGAACAACGAGCUAGGGAUGAGCAAGGUGGCGAACACCUCACGAGAACAACGAGCAGCACGAGAACAACGAGCAGCACGAGAACAGCACGAGAACAACGAGCAGCACGAGAACGACGAGCAGCACGAGAACGACGAGCAGCACGAGAACGACGAGCAGCACGAGAACGACGAGCAGCACGAGAACGACGAGCAGGACGAGAACGACGAGCAGGACGAGAACAACGAGCAGCACGAGAACAACGAGCAGCACGAGAACAACGAGCAGCACGAGAACAACGAGCAGCACGAGAAACAACGAGCAGCACGAGAACAACGAGCAGCACGAGAACAACGAGCAGCACGAGAACAACGAGCAGCACGAGAACAACGAGCAGCACGAGAGCAACGAGCAGCACGAGAGCAACGAGCAGCACGAGAACAACGAGCAGCACGAGAACAACGAGCAGCACGAGAACAACGAGCAGCACGAGAACAACGAGCAGCACGAGAACAACGAGCAGCACGAGAACAACGAGCAGCACGAGAACCACGAGCAGCACGAGAACGACGAGCAGCACGAGAACGACGAGCAGCACGAGAACAACGAGCAGCACGAGAACAACGAGCAGCACGAGAACAACGAGCAGCACGAGAACAACGAGCAGCACGAGAACAACGAGCAGCACGAGAACAACGAGCAGCACGAGAACAACGAGCAGCACGAGAGCAACGAGCAGCACGAGAGCAACGAGCAGCACGAGAGCAACGAGCAGCACCGAGAACAACGAGCAGCACGAGAACAACGAGCAGCACGAGAACAACGAGCAGCACGAGAACAACGAGCAGCACGAGAACAACGAGCAGCACGAGAACAACGAGCAGCACGAGAACAACGAGCAGCACGAGAACAACGAGCAGCACGAGAACGACGAGCAGCACGAGAACGACGAGCAGCACGAGAACGACGAGCAGCACGAGAACGACGAGCAGCACGAGAACGACGAGCAGCACGAGAACAACGAGCAGCACCGAGAACAACGAGCAGCACGAGAACAACGAGCAGCACGAGAACAACGAGCAGCACGAGAACAACGAGCAGCACGAGAACAACGAGCAGCACGAGAACAACGAGCAGCACGAGAACAACGAGCAGCACGAGAACAACGAGCAGCACGAGAACAACGAGCAGCACGAGAACAACGAGCAGCACGAGAACAACGAGCAGCACGAAAACAACGAGCAGCACGAGAGCAACGAGCAGCACGAGAGCAACGAGCAGCACGAGAACAACGAGCAGCACGAGAACAACGAGCAGCACGAGAACAACGAGCAGCACGAGAACAACGAGCAGCACGAGAACAACGAGCAGCACGAGAACAACGAGCAGCACGAGAACAACGAGCAGCACGAGAACAACGAGCAGCACGAGAACAACGAGCAGCACGAGAACAACGAGCAGCACGAGAACGACGAGCAGCACGAGAACGACGAGCAGCACGAGAACGACGAGCAGCACGAGAACGACGAGCAGCACGAGAACGACGAGCAGGACGAGAACGACGAGCAGGACGAGAACGACGAGCAGGACGAGAACGACGAGCAGGACGAGAACGACGAGCAGCACGAGAACGACGAGCAGCACGAGAACGACGAGCAGCACGAGAACAACGAGCAGCACGAGAACAACGAGCAGCACGAGAACAACGAGCAGCACGAGAACAACGAGCAGCACGAGAACAACGAGCAGCACGAGAACAACGAGCAGCACGAGAACAACGAGCAGCACGAGAACAACGAGCAGCACGAGAACAACGAGCAGCACGAGAACAACGAGCAGCACGAGAACAACGAGCAGCACGAGAACAACGAGCAGCACGAGAACAACGAGCAGCACGAGAACAACGAGCAGCACGAGAACAACGAGCAGCACGAGAACAACGAGCAGCACGAGAACAACGAGCAGCACGAGAAACAACGAGCAGCACGAGAACAACGAGCAGCACGAGAACGUCGAGCAGCACGAGAACGUCGAGCAGCACGAGAACAACGAGCAGCACGAGAACGAGGAGCAGCACUGAGAACGACGAGCAGGACGAGAACGACGAGCAGGACGAGAACGACGAGCAGCACGAGAACGACGAGCAGGACGAGAAAGACGAGCAGCACGAGAACGACGAGCAGCACGAGAACGACGAGCAGCACGAGAACGACGAGCAGCACGAGAACAACGAGCAGCACGAGAACAACGAGCAGCACGAGAACAACGAGCAGCACGAGAACAACGAGCAGCACGAGAACAACGAGCAGCACGAGAACGACGAGCAGCACGAGAACGACGAGCAGCACGAGAACGACGAGCAGGACGAGAACAACGAGCAGCACGAGAACAACGAGCAGCACGAGAACAACGAGCAGCACGAGAACAACGAGCAGCACGAGAACAACGAGCAGCACGAGAACAACGAGCAGCACGAGAACAACGAGCAGCACGAGAACAACGAGCAGCACGAGAGCAACGAGCAGCACGAGAGCAACGAGCAGCACGAGAACAACGAGCAGCACGAGAACAACGAGCAGCACGAGAACAACGAGCAGCACGAGACACGAGAACAACGAGCAGCACGAGAACAACGAGCAGCACGAGAACCACGAGCAGCACGAGAACGACGAGCAGCACGAGAACGACGAGCAGCACGAGAACGAACGAGCAGCACGCGAGAACAACGAGCAGCACGAGAACAACGAGCAGCACGAGAACAACGAGCAGCACGAGAACAACGAGCAGCACGAGAACAACGAGCAGCACGAGAACAACGAGCAGCACGAGAGCAACGAGCAGCACGAGAGCAACGAGCAGCACGAGAGCAACGAGCAGCACGAGAGCAACGAGCAGCACGAGAGACAACGAGCAGCACGAGAACAACGAGCAGCACGAGAACAACGAGCAGCACGAGAACAACGAGCAGCACGAGAACAACGAGCAGCACGAGAACAACGAGCAGCACGAGAACACGAGCAGCACGAGAACAACGAGCAGCACGAGAACAACGAGCAGCACGAGAACAACGAGCAGCACGAGAACGACGAGCAGCACGAGAACAACGAGCAGCACGAGAACGACGAGCAGCACGAGAACAACGAGCAGCACGAGAACAACGAGCAGCACGAGAACAACGAGCAGCACGAGAACAACGAGCAGCACGAGAACAACGAGCAGCACGAGAACAACGAGCAGCACGAGAACAACGAGCAGCACGAGAACAACGAGCAGCACGAGAACAACGAGCAGCACGAGAACAACGAGCAGCACGAGAACAACGAGCAGCACGAGAACAACGAGCAGCACGAGAACAACGAGCAGCACGAGAACAACGAGCAGCACGAGAACAACGAGCAGCACGAGAACAACGAGCAGCACGAGAACAACGAGCAGCACGAGAGCAACGAGCAGCACGAGAGCAACGAGCAGCACGAGAGCAACGAGCAGCACGAGAACAACGAGCAGCACGAGAAACAACGAGCAGCACGAGAACAACGAGCAGCACGAGAACAACGAGCAGCACGAGAACAACGAGCAGCACGAGAACAACGAGCAGCACGAGAACAACGAGCAGCAACGAGAGAACGAACGAGCAGCACGAGAACGACGAGCAGCACGAGAACGACGAGCAGCACGAGAACGACGAGCAGCACGAGAACGACGAGCAGCACGAGAACGACGAGCAGGACGAGAACGACGAGCAGGACGAGAACGACGAGCAGGACGAGAACGACGAGCAGGACGAGAACGACGAGCAGGACGAGGAGCAACGAGCAGCACGAGAACAACGAGCAGCACGAGAACAACGAGCAGCACGAGAACAACGAGCAGCACGAGAACAACGAGCAGCACGAGAACAACGAGCAGCACGAGAACAACGAGCAGCACGAGAACAACGAGCAGCACGAGAACAACGAGCAGCACGAGAACAACGAGCAGCACGAGAACAACGAGCAGCACGAGAACAACGAGCAGCACGAGAACAACGAGCAGCACGAGAACAACGAGCAGCACGAGAACAACGAGCAGCACGAGAACAACGAGCAGCACGAGAACAACGAGCAGCACGAGAACAACGAGCAGCACGAGAACACGAGACCGACGAGCAGAACGAGACCGACGAGCACGACGAGAACGACGAGCAGCACGAGAACGACGAGCAGGACGAGAACGACGAGCAGGACGAGAACGACGAGCAGGACGAGAACGACGAGCAGGACGAGAAACGACGAGCAGGACGAGAACGACGAGCAGCACGAGAACGACGAGCAGCACGAGAACGACGAGCAGGACGAGAACGACGAGCAGGACGAGAACGACGAGCAGGACGAGAACGACGAGCAGGACGAGAACGACGAGCAGGACGAGAACGACGAGCAGCACGAGAACGACGAGCAGCACGAGAACAACGAGCAGCACGAGAACGACGAGCAGCACGAGAACGACGAGCAGCACGAGAACGACGAGCAGCACGAGAACAACGAGCAGCACGAGAACAACGAGCAGCACGAGAACAACGAGCAGCACGAGAACAACGAGCAGCACGAGAACAACGAGCAGCACGAGAACAACGAGCAGCACGAGAACAACGAGCAGCACGAGAACAACGAGCAGCACGAGAACAACGAGCAGCACGAGAACGACGAGCAGCACGAGAACGACGAGCAGCACGAGAACAACGAGCAGCACGAGAACGACGAGCAGCACGAGAACGACGAGCAGCACACGAGAACGACGAGCAGCACGAGAACGACGAGCAGCACGAGAACGACGAGCAGCACGAGAACGACGAGCAGCACGAGAACGACGAGCAGCACGAGAACGACGAGCAGCACGAGAACGACGAGCAGCACGAGAACGACGAGCAGCACGAGAGCGACGAGCAGCACGAGAACGACGAGCAGGACGAGAGCAACGAGCAGCACGAGAGCAACGAGCAGCACGAGAACAACGAGCAGCACGAGAACAACGAGCAGCACGAGAACAACGAGCAGCACGAGAGCAACGAGCAGCACGAGAACAACGAGCAGCACGAGAACAACGAGCAGCACGAGAACAACGAGCAGCACGAGAACAACGAGCAGCACAAGAACAACGAGCAGCACAAGAACAACGAGCAGCACGAGAACAACGAGCACCACGAGAACAACGAGCACCACGAGAACAACGAGCAGCACGAGAACGACGAGCAGCACGAGAACAACGAGCAGCACGAGAGCAACGAGCAGCACGAGAACAACGAGCAGCACGAGAACAACGAGCAGCACGAGAGCAACGAGCAGCACGAGAGCAACGAGCAGCACGAGAACAACGAGCAGCACGAGAACAACGAGCAGCACGAGAACAACGAGCAGCACGAGAGCAACGAGCAGCACGAGAACAACGAGCAGCACGAGAACAACGAGCAGCACGAGAACAACGAGCAGCACGAGAACAACGAGCAGCACGAGAGCAACGAGCAGCACGAGAGCAACGAGCAGCACGAGAGCAACGAGCAGCACGAGAACAACGAGCAGCACGAGAACAACGAGCAGCACGAGAACAACGAGCAGCACGAGAACGACGAGCAGCACGAGAACAACGAGCAGCACGAGAACAACGAGCAGCACGAGAACAACGAGCAGCACGAGAACAACGAGCAGCACGAGAACAACGAGCAGCACGAGAACAACGAGCAGCACGAGAGCAACGAGCAGCACGAGAGCAACGAGCAGCACGAGAGCAACGAGCAGCACGAGAGCAACGAGCAGCACGAGAACAACGAGCAGCACGAGAACAACGAGCAGCACGAGAUCAACGAGCAGCACGAGAACAACGAGCAGCACGAGAACAACGAGCAGCACGAGAACAACGAGCAGCACGAGAACAACGAGCAGCACGAGAACAACGAGCAGCACGAGAACAACGAGCAGCACGAGAACAACGAGCAGCACGAGAACAACGAGCAGCACGAGAGCAACGAGCAGCACGAGAGCAACGAGCAGCACGAGAGCAACGAGCAGCACGAGAACAACGAGCAGCACGAGAACAACGAGCAGCACGAGAACGACGAGCAGCACGAGAACGACGAGCAGCACGAGAACAACGAGCAGCACGAGAACAACGAGCAGCACGAGAACAACGAGCAGCACGAGAACAACGAGGAGCACGAGAACGACGAGCAGCACGAGAACGACGAGCAGCACGAGAACGACGAGCAGCACGAGAACGACGAGCAGCACGAGAACGAACGAGAGCACGAGAACAACGAGCAGCACGAGAACAACGAGCAGCACGAGAACAACGAGCAGCACGAGAAACAACGAGCAGCACGAGAACAACGAGCAGCACGAGAACAACGAGCAGCACGAGAACGAACGAGCAGCACGAGAACGACGAGCAGCACGAGAACGACGAGCAGCACGAGAACGACGAGCAGCACGAGAACGACGAGCAGACGAGAACAACGAGCAGCACGAGAACAACGAGCAGCACGAGAACAACGAGCAGCACGAGAACAACGAGCAGCACGAGAACAACGAGCAGCACGAGAACAACGAGCAGCACGAGAGCAACGAGCAGCACGAGAGCAACGAGCAGCACGAGAGCAACGAGCAGCACGAGAGCAACGAGCAGCACGAGAACAACGAGCAGCACGAGAACAACGAGCAGCACGAGAUCAACGAGCAGCACGAGAACAACGAGCAGCACGAGAACAACGAGCAGCACGAGAACAACGAGCAGCACGAGAACAACGAGCAGCACGAGAACAACGAGCAGCACGAGAACAACGAGCAGCACGAGAACGAGCAACGAGCAGCACGAGAGCAACGAGCAGCACGAGAGCAACGAGCAGCACGAGAGCAACGAGCAGCACGAGAACAACGAGCAGCACGAGAACAACGAGCAGCACGAGAACGACGAGCAGCACGAGAACGACGAGCAGCACGAGAACAACGAGCAGCACGAGAACAACGAGCAGCACGAGAACAACGAGCAGCACGAGAACAACGAGGAGCACGAGAACGACGAGCAGCACGAGAACGACGAGCAGCACGAGAACGACGAGCAGCACGAGAACGACGAGCAGCACGAGAACGACGAGAGCACGAGAACGACGAGAGCACGAGAACAACGAGCAGCACGAGAACAACGAGCAGCACGAGAACAACGAGCAGCACGAGAACAACGAGCAGCACGAGAACAACGAGCAGCACGAGAACAACGAGCGACGAGCAGCACGAGAACGACGAGCAGCACGAGAACGACGAGCAGCACGAGAACGACGAGCAGGACGAGAACGACGAGCAGGACGAGAACAACGAGCAGGACGAGAACAACGAGCAGCACGAGAACAACGAGCAGCACGAGAACGACGAGCAGCACGAGAACAACGAGCAGCACGAGAACGACGAGCAGGACGAGAACGACGAGCAGGACGAGAAUGACGAGCAGGACGAGAACGACGAGCAGCACGAGAACGACGAGCAGGACGAGAAAGACGAGCAGCACGAGAACGACGAGCAGCACGAGAACGACGAGCAGCACGAGAACAACGAGCAGCACGAGAGCAACGAGCAGCACGAGAACAACGAGCAGCACGAGAACGACGAGCAGGACGAGAACGACGAGCAGCACGAGAACGACGAGCAGCACGAGAACGACGAGCAGCACGAGAACGACGAGCAGCACGAGAACGACGAGCAGCACGAGAACGACGAGCAGCACGAGAACGACGAGCAGCACGAGAACGACGAGCAGCACGAGAACGACGAGCAGCACGAGAACGACGAGCAGCACGAGAACGACGAGCAGCACGAGAACACCGAGCAGCACGAGAACAACGAGCAGCACCGAGAACAACGAGCAGCACGAGAACAACGAGCAGCACGAGAACGACGAGCAGCACGGAGAACAACGAGCAGCACGAGAACAACGAGGCAGCACGAGAACGACGAGCAGCACGAGAACGACGAGCAGCACGGAGAACGACGAGCAGCACGAGAACGACGAGCAGCACGAGAACGACGAGCAGCACCGAGAACGACGAGCAGCACGAGAACGACGAGCAGCACGAGAACGACGAGCAGCACGAGAACAACGAGCAGCACCGAGAACGACGAGCAGCACGAGAACGACGAGCAGCACGAGACCGACGAACAGCACGAGACCGACGAACAGCACGAGAACGACGGGCAGCACGAGAACGACGAGCAGCACGAGAACGACGGGCAGCACGAGAACGACGGGCAGCACGAGAACGACGAGCAGCACGAGAACGACGAGCAGCACGAGAACGACGAGCAGCACCGAGAACGAACGAGCAGCACGAGAACAACGAGCAGCACGAGAACGACGAGCAGCACGAGAACGACGAGCAGCACGAGAACGACGAGCAGCACGAGAACGACGAGCAGCACGAGAACGACGAGCAGCACGAGAACGACGAGCAGCACGAGAACGACGAGCAGCACGAGAACGACGAGCAGCACGAGAACGACGAGCAGCACGAGAACGACGAGCAGCACGAGAACGACGAGCAGCACGAGAACGACGAGCAGCACGAGAACGACGAGCAGCACGAGAACGACGAGCAGCACGAGAACGACGAGCAGCACGAGAACGACGAGCAGCACGAGAACGACGAGCAGCACGAGAACGACGAGCAGCACGAGAACGACGAGCAGCACGAGAACGACGAGCAGCACGAGAACAACGAGCAGCACGAGAACGACGAGCAGCACGAGAACGACGAGCAGCACGAGACCGACGAACAGCACGAGACCGACGAACAGCACGAGAACGACGGGCAGCACGAGAACGACGAGCAGCACGAGAACGACGGGCAGCACGAGAACGACGGGCAGCACGAGAACGACGAGCAGCACUGAGAACGACGAGCAGCACGAGAACGACGAGCAGCACGAGAACAACGAGCAGCACGAGAACAACGAGCAGCACGAGAACGACGAGCAGCACGAGAACGACGAGCAGCACGAGAACGACGAGCAGGACGAGAACGACGAGCAGGACGAGAACGACGAGCAGCACGAGAACGACGAGCAGCACGAGAACGACGAGCAGCACGAGAACGACGAGCAGCACGAGACCGACGAGCAGGACGAGACCGACGAGCAGGACGAGACCGACGAGCAGGACGAGAACGACGAGCAGCACGAGAACGACGAGCAGGACGAGAACGACGAGCAGGACGAGAACGACGAGCAGGACGAGAACGACGAGCAGGACGAGAACGACGAGCAGGACGAGAACGACGAGCAGCACGAGAACGACGAGCAGCACGAGAACGACGAGCAGGACGAGAACGACGAGCAGGACGAGAACGACGAGCAGCACGAGAACGACGAGCAGCACGAGAACGACGAGCAGCACGAGAACGACGAGCAGCACGAGAACGACGAGCAGCACGAGAACGACGAGCAGCACGAGAACGACGAGCAGCACGAGAACGACGAGCAGCACGAGAACGACGAGCAGCACGAGAACACCGAGCAGCACGAGAACAACGAGCAGCACGAGAACAACGAGCAGCACGAGAACAACGAGCAGCACGAGAACAACGAGCAGCACGAGAACGACGAGCAGCACGAGAACAACGAGCAGCACGAGAACAACGAGCAGCACGAGAACGACGAGCAGCACGAGAACGACGAGCAGCACGAGAACGACGAGCAGCACGAGAACGACGAGCAGCACGAGAACGACGAGCAGCACGAGAACGACGAGCAGCACGAGAACGACGAGCAGCACGAGAACAACGAGCAGCACGAGAACGACGAGCAGCACGAGAACGACGAGCAGCACGAGAGCGACGAGCAGCACGAGAGCGACGAGCAGGACGAGAGCAACGAGCAGCACGAGAACAACGAGCAGCACGAGAACAACGAGCAGCACGAGAACAAAGAGCAGCACGAGAACAACGAGCAGCACGAGAACAACGAGCAGCACGAGAACAACGAGCACCACGAGAACAACGAGCAGCACGAGAACAACGAGCAGCACGAGAACGACGAGCACCACGAGAACGACGAGCACCACGAGAACGACGAGCAGCACGAGAACAACGAGCAGCACGAGAACAACGAGCACCACAAGAACAACGAGCAGCACGAGAACGACGAGCAGGACGAGAACGACGAGCAGGACGAGAAAGACGAGCAGCACGAGAACGACGAGCAGCACGAGAACGACGAGCAGCACGAGAACAACGAGCAGCACGAGAACAACGAGCAGCACGAGAACAACGAGCAGCACGAGAACAACGAGCAGCACGAGAACAACGAGCAGCACGAGAACGACGAGCAGCACGAGAACGACGAGCAGCACGAGAACGACGAGCGGCACGAGAACGACGAGCAGGACGAGAACAACGAGCAUGACGAGAACGACGAGCAUGACGAGAACGACGAGCAGGACGAGAACGACGAGCAGGACGAGAACGACGAGCAGGACGAGAACGACGAGCAGGACGAGAAUGACGAGCAGGACGAGAACGACGAGCAGGACGAGAACGACGAGCAGGACGAGAACGAUGAGCAGGACGAGAACGACGAGCAGGACGAGAACGACGAGCAGGACGAGAACGACGAGCAGCACGAGAACGACGAGCAGGACGAGAACGACGAGCAGGACGAGAACGACGAGCAGCACGAGAACGACGAGCAGCACGAGAACGACGAGCAGCACGAGAACGACGAGCAGCACGAGAACGACGAGCAGCACGAGAACGACGAGCAGCACGAGAACGACGAGCAGCACGAGAACGACGAGCAGCACGAGAACACCGAGCAGCACGAGAACAACGAGCAGCACGAGAACAACGAGCAGCACGAGAACAACGAGCAGCACGAGAACAACGAGCAGCACGAGAACGACGAGCAGCACGAGAACAACGAGCAGCACGAGAACAACGAGCAGCACGAGAACGACGAGCAGCACGAGAACGACGAGCAGCACGAGAACGACGAGCAGCACGAGAACGACGAGCAGCACGAGAACGACGAGCAGCACGAGAACGACGAGCAGCACGAGAACGACGAGCUGCACGAGAACAACGAGCAGCACGAGAACGACGAGCAGCACGAGAACGACGAGCAGCACGAGAGCGACGAGCAGCACGAGAGCGACGAGCAGGACGAGAGCAACGAGCAGCACGAGAACAACGAGCAGCACGAGAACAACGAGCAGCACGAGAACAAAGAGCAGCACGAGAACAACGAGCAGCACGAGAACAACGAGCAGCACGAGAACAACGAGCACCACGAGAACAACGAGCAGCACGAGAACAACGAGCAGCACGAGAACGACGAGCACCACGAGAACGACGAGCACCACGAGAACGACGAGCAGCACGAGAACAACGAGCAGCACGAGAACAACGAGCACCACAAGAACAACGAGCAGCACGAGAACGACGAGCAGGACGAGAACGACGAGCAGGACGAGAAAGACGAGCAGGACGAGAACGACGAGCAGCACGAGAACGACGAGCAGCACGAGAACAACGAGCAGCACGAGAACAACGAGCAGCACGAGAACAACGAGCAGCACGAGAACAACGAGCAGCACGAGAACAACGAGCAGCACGAGAACGACGAGCAGCACGAGAACGACGAGCAGCACGAGAACGACGAGCGGCACGAGAACGACGAGCAGGACGAGAACAACGAGCAUGACGAGAACGACGAGCAUGACGAGAACGACGAGCAGGACGAGAACGACGAGCAGGACGAGAACGACGAGCAGGACGAGAAUGACGAGCAGUCACCCCCCCCCUUCAUACUCGCAUGCCUCACCUCGCGCUUCCCUCACCUCCCUGCCACCGCUCUUCCCUCACCUCCCUGCCACCGCUCUUCCCUCACCUCCCUGCCACCGCUCUUCCCUCACCUCCCUGCCACCGCUCUUCCCUCACCUCCCUGCCACCGCUCUUCCCUCACCUCCCUGCCACCGCUCUUGCCCCACCUCCCUGCCACCGCUCUUCCCUCACCUCCCUGCCACCGCUCUUGCCUCACCUCCCUGCCACCGCUCUUCCCUCACCUCCCUGCCACCGCUCUUCCCUCACCUCCCUGCCACCGCUCUUGCCUCACCUCCCUGCCACCGCUCUUGCCUCACCUCCCUGCCACCGCUCUUGCCUCACCUCCCUGCCACCGCUCUUGCCUCACCUCGCGCGCAGUGCCGGCAUCCAGCAGGUCGGUGUCGGCGCGCAGGUCCAGCACCACGAGCACCUCGCCAUCGCCCGCCGCGUCCAUGUCCCCCGCCACACUGCCCUCGGGCGCCUUGAAGUCGCGCACCACCUGGUAG